AUGCAAUCAAUGUAUGCACCAUCACGUUCUAAUCCUCUUGUCGACAAUGAUGAGGACGAUGAUGAUCAUCAAGAAGAAGAUAAUUCCAUGUAUGAUAAUUCCGGAGAAGAAUCUAAUUAUCAUCAUGAUAUAUUUUCUAACGAUCCUGAUUUUGAACGUGUUUCUGCAAAAUCACACAUUUCUAAUCCAUUUACUAGUAUGGUCAAGAAGAAUGCUUCACAAAAAGUAUUGAUGAUGAUGGAAAAGAUGGGUUUUAAAGUUGGAGAAGGUUUAGGAAAGAAUAAUCAAGGAAGUGCAAGUGCUAUUGAAUUACAACAACAACAAGGAAGAGCAGGUUUAGGAUCAAAUACUUCUGCUCAUUAUUCAUCAAAUCUUCCUGAACAUUUUACUAUUCAAACACAUGACCCUGAUAUGACAGAUUAUCCAUACAAGGAAGAUGUAUCGUGGAUGACUUGUAUUGAACCAUUAAGUGAAAAUGCACCAGAGUUUUCCAUUGUAAGACCUGAUAAUACAACAUUGGAUUUAUCAGCUUCAAUGAAUAAUAAUGGACAAAAAUAUGUUGAAGGAAAUUUAUCUCCGUUUGUUAAUGUUCAACAAGUUCAACAAAUUUUUGAUUUGAAAUCACAAUUCGAUUCUGUAGAUGAAAAAAUAUUUACUGAUGCUAGAUAUAGAUCGAAUCCAUAUGAAAGAAUUGGUAGAUCUAUUUUCCAAAAUAGAGCUGCCAUUAAAUUGGCAAAUAUUGAUAGAAUUUCUGACUUGACAACUCUUGUCAGAUUACCUGAAGAAAAUGGUAUUCUCUAUUUUGCAGAUAUUUGUGCUGGACCUGGAGGUUUUACAGAAUACCUCUAUUAUAGAUUCAAGACAGAUAAAGCUAAGGGUUGGGGAUUUACUUUGAAAAAUAAGAAAGAUGACUGGAAAUUAAAUAGAUUCAAUCCAGAAUCACCUCAUGACAAUUUUGAAGUCAACUAUGGUGAAGAUGGAACAGGUGAUAUAACUAAGAAUGAAAAUAUUCGUGCUCUAAGUAAGGCUAUUGACCAAGGAACUAAUGGAAGAGGUGUUGCUCUUGUAACUGCAGAUGGUGGUUUCUCUGUUCAUGGUGUUGAAAAUUCUCAAGAAUACCUCACUCAUCAAUUGGUAUUAUGUCAAAUUUUGACAGGAUUGAUGAUUACUAGAAGAGGUGGUUCUUUUGUUUGUAAAUUGUUUGACUUGAAUACUUGGUUCUCUGCCUCUCUCAUGUACAUUCUUUACCAAAAUUAUGAAAAAGUAAUGAUUGUAAAGCCACUCUCAUCUAGACCUGCCAACUCUGAAAGAUACGUCAUUUGUAAGGGAUUAAGAAAACGUCAACCACAAAUUGUAAAUUAUCUGUUUGACGUUAAUAUUAGAUUAUCCAACCGUGAAAAUAUCAAAUCAUUGGUCGAUUGCAAUGUCAUUGAGAAGGAUGAAAUGUUUAACAAGUAUUUGAGUGAUACAAAUACUGUGAUUGCCAAAUCUCAAAUCAAUUCACUCCAAAGAAUUAAGAAUGCUGUUGAAGAUAAAUAUUUGGAAAUACAAGAAAAGCAAAACAAGAUUAGAGAUCAAUGUUUACAAGAAUGGAGAUUACCAAAUACUCAAACUUCCAAACACUCUGGUUCACGAUCAAAUGAUAAGAACAAACGAAAGAGACACGAUGACGACAAUUCAAGACCAAGUCAAAUGCAAAAAUCAAACACCUAUGCUCCUCAAUAUUAA